AUGCCUUUCGGGCGACGAAAUAAUCAGCCAAAGCCCGAAUUUAUAGAGUUUAACAUUGGCAAGCGCGAAUACAUGGAAGGUAUUCAAGCUGAUAACUAUGUUAGAACUACAAGAUAUACAUUUUUAACUUUUCUUCCACUUACUCUUUACGAAAACUUCCAACGUUUAGCAAAUGUCUACUUUUUAAUCAUCGCUUUAUUCUCUUUAGCACCAUGGUCACCAGUUACACCAAUUGUUUCUAUUUCACCACUUAUAUUUGUCAUUGCUGUGUCAAUGCUCAAAGCUUUAUUCGAAGAUUUGCUUAGAUACAGAACAGAUAAGCUUUACAACUCAAUUAAAUUCGAGGUUUGGCGUAAAGGACGCUUUAUGUUAGUUCAAUCUCGAAAUAUCCAUCCCGGUGAUAUCAUUCGCCUCGAAGGAAACCGCGAAAACCCAGCCGAUUUCUGCAUUAUUGAAACUUCCGAGAACAAUCAUAGCUGUUUUGUCAACGAAGUCAACUUAAAUGGUGAAACAGCUGUCAAACAAAGGAAGGCUAUUCAAUGCGUCAGCAAUUUCGAGAUACCAUCAACCAUCCAGUCAUUUGAAAACAGUCGUGUUAAAAUUUCUUCACCGUGUAACGAUUUACGAUCAUUAAAUGGCACGAUUACUUACCAAGGCUCGGAAAACGCCUUCUCAAUGAAGAACGUUGUCCUCAAGGGUACGUUCCUUGCACAUACUGCUUGGGCAAUCGGUGUUGUUUUAUAUACAGGCCAUGAUACACGUAUUAUCCAGAACCAGCGCCAUCCACCUCAUAAGACAUCGCGUCUAGAAUCGAAAUUCAACAUCAUUAUCCUCAUAGACUUCAUUUUCAACUUCAUUUUAAUUGGAAUUUGCACUUUUAUGGCCGCUCGAAUGGAUAUUACCAACAAAUUCCAUUGGAUAGAGACUAUGAAAGUCAACGCGCUCAACGUUAUGAAGAACUUUUCAGCUUUUGCGAUUAUUUUCUCGUAUAUGAUUCCAAUUUCAUUAUAUGUCACUGUCGAGUUUGUCAGAUUCUUCCAGAGAUGGACUUUCUCAACAGAUCUCGGUAUGUACUACCCAGGACUUGGCUUUUGCCAGCCAAAUAACUCAAAUCUUAACGAAGAACUCGGAUCCGUCGACCAUAUCUUCUCAGACAAGACAGGAACAUUGACAGAGAACAUCAUGCGCUUCGUACAACUCUCCGCGAGAGGUUCUAUUUACGAUGUUGUUACAGAUAAAGAACGUGUUAAGAUGCUUGUCUCCAAAAAGACAGAGCGUAAUCUUCUUGAGAUAUUGGCCGCAAUUCCUGUCUGUUCUACCGUUAUUUGCACUGAAGAUGGAUAUUCAUCAGAAUCUCCCGACGAAGAAGCCCUUGUGAACUACGCCAAAGAGCUCACAGCCACCCUCACAGCAAGAGUUCCCGACGAAUCGAUGACAAUCGACCUCGGAGGAACCGAAACCAAAUUUGAGCAUCUCGCCACCAUAGAAUUUGACUCGGAUCGCAAGAGAAUGUCCGUUGUCGUACGUGCUCCAAAUGGAGAGGUCGUAAUCUACACGAAAGGUGCCGAUACGAUCAUGUUCCCUCUAAUUGCCAAAGACGAAGACGAGUCUGUGAUCAAAUCUACGAAAGAGCAAGUCGACGCCUUUGCCGAACAAGGCCUCAGAACCCUUAUUUAUGCUUGGAGACUGAUGCCAAAGGACGAAUUCGAACAAUUCAUGGCAGAAUACAGAGAAGCGAACCUCGCAAUGACAGACAGAGAUAAGAAAGUCAAAGAAGUUGGUGCAAAGAUCGAAAAGGACCUUGUUUUGUUGGGAGCAGUUGCAAUUGAAGACCAAUUACAGCCAAAUGUCCCAGAAACAAUGUCAUAUCUCUCAAUGAUGGGUAUCAAGUUAUGGGUUUUGACAGGUGAUAAGCACGAAACAGCAGUCAGUAUCGCGAAAUCUACAGAUGUUAUCACUCCUGAGUGCAAAGUCUUCGAAAUUCUUACCGGCGACCCUUCAGAAACAGCCACAAUCUCAAGACAAAUCGAUGAAUGUACAUCUCCAUGCGUUCUCGUUCUUUCUCCCGAUGCAUUAAUCUACAUUACAGAACAAGUUCCUCUUGAACUUGUCAAAAUGGGUGACCAAUGUCGAUCUGUCGUCUGUUUCAGAAUGUCUCCAUUCUUAAAAUCCAAAGUUGUCGAUGUCAUGCGCUCUAAUACUAAAAAAGUCUGUCUUGCCAUCGGUGAUGGUGCUAACGACGUCAACAUGAUCCAAACAGCGAACGUUGGUGUUGGAAUUAUCGGUCGCGAAGGAAGACAAGCAGCACAAAACUCAGAUUUCGCAAUUACACGAUUCAAACACCUCAAACGACUACUUGCAGUUCACGGACGUCUUAGUUUAGUUCGUAUCUCAGGUGUUGUCCGAUACAUGGUCUACAAAAACCUUGUUUUCUCAUUAGUUAAUAUUCCAUUCUUUUAUUUCACACGUUGGACACCAUCUCCCAUCUUCGACGGCUGGCUUAUGGCCACAUACAACCUUAUGUGGACUAUUUUCCCACCAGGCGAGUACGGAUUCUUUGAACAAGAUGUCAGUUUCCAAAGUAUGAUGAAAUACCCACUUAUCUACAGAGAUGCACGCUCAGGAAGGUUCAUUUCCAUGUGGCGCUUUGUUGGAGAGCUUGUCAACGCUAUUUACCAAUCAAUGAUUUUAUUCUUCUUCAACAUGUACGUUCCAUCCAUGAAACCACUUAAUGGACGUGGUUUGGUCGAUGACUUGAACUUCAACGGUGUUCUUUUGUACAUUUCUAUUAUUUUGGUUGUUGAUAUCCAAGCAAUCAUCAGAUCACAGCACUGGAACAUCUUUUUGUUCUUGGGUGUCAUUGUUUCCAUCCUCAUCUUCUUCCUUGUCAAUCUUCCAUACGGAUCAUUCCCUACAUUUGUUCCUUUGAUGUAUUUCGUUCCGCAGACAAUCUUCACAUCAUACAUUUCUUAUGUUUUGUUGGUUAUCUCUGUCUCUUUCUCUCUCUUCCCAGAGGCAAUGAUCAAGUACUUGAAGGGAAUGUGGGCACCAUCUUACACAAGAGUUAUAAGAGAACACGAACUUUUGGAACAAAUGAACAGAAAGAAAUCAAACUAA